AUGAAGAAACUCUGCGAUUUCAAGUGUCCUAAGAUACCAGUAGUAAGGAAGUGUUGUUUUUGUAUUCCUACGUAUGUUGGUAUAGCUGUUUUUGGAUAUGCCGAUCUUACUCUAGCCCUGGUGGCUUUUCCAAUGCUGAUGUAUGAGAUGGUGGAUGAGCUGACGAGUGACAAGCCUCGAGGAGAGAUGCGAUAUAGUGACCCAGCAGUGCACCUUCCAGUGAUAGUAGCUGCAGCAUUAUCAGACAUUGUUCUAACAGUGGUAUUGCUAAUUGGAGCACAUAGGAAAAAUAAAUUGCUUCUGAAGAUAUACUUCUACUUCGCGACGAUUUCACAGUUGAUGACGUUGCUUGCUGACCUGCCGUUUUACGACUAUACAGCACAUAGAAAGAAUGCUAUAUACCUAUUCUAUGUAGGGCUGAACAUCUACCUGCUGUUUCUGGUUCACAACGUGGUCUACGUGAGAGAGGACAAGAGAGACAUUCAGUACAUUGCAUAUGACCAGCAUCAGGUCACUGUUUAG